UUUGGGACAUAAAGUCCAUUUUGCUAAACAAUCGAUCGCUUAAAAUCUCUCAAAUCCAUGUUCGUAUGGCCUUUCACGUUGCUUGCCCAAUCACCUGUCGGCGAAUCUGCUACUGCUCGCUAGGGUUUCCAAAGAAUCUACAGAGCGAGAAGGCGAGGAAUGCAUUCGUGGAGGAAAUUUCUAGGGUUGAGGAGUUUUUGAAGGACCCGUGGUUGAUUAGGGCUAGGGAGCAGAACGGGACCGUACAGGUCAAGGUUCCGAAGGUUGUGGUUGCUCCGCCGCCACCGGUUGUGCCGGCGGUGGCGGAUGGAGGCGGCGCCGGUGGUGGAGGUGAUGGAGAUGAGUUGUUGUCGGCGAAGACCAAGCGGGCCGCUAUCCAGAGGAAAGCGGCUGCGGCGUCAAUUGUGGCGGAGGAUUACGCUCGUCGAUUCGAGUCCGGUGAUCUGGUGGUGAGGUUUACUGUUCUUACAUUGUUCUUGAUUUCCAUCUAGAUUUGAAAUUUUUUAUAUUUUAUUCUUGUUUGAAUGUUGGAUUUGAAGUUGGAUUGUGGAGUGACUGACGACAAAUCUGUGAAGUCAGGAGUGUAUGCCGUUUGAGAUUUUUGAGUUUCCUUAUCAUAUUAAUGUUCUUGCAGUGGGAAUCUUGGGCAAGGGGCGAAAGCCCUAUAUUACAUUAUCGCGUGAAUCGUUAAGGGGAAUGUGGCAUGUAAGGGAGCCAUAAAUCAUCAUAAGCUCCUCUUAAGAAGGGUCAAAAUUCAUUGAAUGUUAUUGAGAAGGUGGCUGCUGCUAAUGCAAACUAGAGGACAAAAACCCUGUAUUUUCUCGUUCAAGAAGUUUCCAUUAAGCUAUUUAUU